AUGACGAUAGAGAAAAAAAAAUUUAUUAAUAACUUUCUUAUUCUUAAUCAUGAAUAUGAUAAAGCUAUACAAGCAUUUAAACGUGCUAUUCAAUUGGCACCAGAAUCUGAUUAUGCAUAUACUUUAUUGGGAAAUGAAUAUUCACUUAUUGAUGAACUUGAACGUGCUAUGGCAUGUUUUCGUAAAGCUAUACAAUUAAAUCCACGAAGUUAUAAAGCUUGGAAUGGUGUAGCUAUGGUGUAUUUAAAACAAGAAAAAUUUCAAUCAGCUGAAUUUCAUUUUACAAAAGCAACAAAUAUAUUCCGUACGAAUCCUGAUCUUAUUUGUCAUUUAGCAGUGGCUCAACAUAAAUGUAAUCGAUCCGAAAGUGCAUUAACAUUACUUAAUGAUGCACUUAAAAUUGAUUCAAAAAAUGCUCUAUGUAAAUUUCAUAAAGCUGGUCUUUUAUUACAUCUUGAAAGAUAUCAAGAAGCAUUAAUUGAACUUGAAGAACUACGGCAAAUCGCACCAAAAGAAUCACUUGUUUACUAUUUACUUAGUAAAGUUCAUCGACAUUUGAAAAAUUUUCACUAUUCAUAUAUGUAUAUGUCAUGGAGUAUGGAUCUUGAUCCAAAAGGUGCCAAUAAUCAAUUAAAAGAAAAUGCCGAUAAAUUUUAUUCAAAAGAUGAAGAUCUUUUACUCGGUAUGGAAGAUAUGGCAUCAUCUGUUACAGAAGAUGAUAAUAGUCAAAUGCAAUCCCAAAGUUCACUCCAAGAUAUACAACCAAUGGACUCAAGUGAAGAAAUUCUUUAA